AUGAGUUAUGUAAUUGAAAAUACGAAUAACAUGAUAACAUCUGAAAGUAGAUUAAAAACUAUUUCUAAUAGAAAGUGUAUUUUAUGUGUGGAUGAUAAUUUUAUCGACCUCAAAAUUACACAGAAAAAAGUUGAAAGACUUGGUUAUUCAACAUUAUUGGCAAAUACCGGUCAAGAGGCAAUUAAUAUUCUCCAAUCCGAAUUUGAGUCACUAAAUUUUAAUAAAUCAAAUCCUUAUGUUUUAGAAGAUAAAAUGAAGCCAUUCAACAUCUCUUUAGUUCUGAUGGAUUGUAUGAUGCCUGAGAUGUCAGGUUUUGAUGCUUCAAUCGCAAUUAGAUCAAUGAAUUCGCAAAUUUCAAAUAUUCCAAUUGUUGCAUUGACAUCUUCAGAGACAAAAGAAACAUUUAUUAAAUGCAUUGAAUCAGGAAUGAAUGCCUGUCUUGUAAAACCAUUAAAAACUAAACAGUUUAGUGAGAUCUUAACUCAAUGGGAUAGAAAUAAUAUAUUUUAA